UGAGAAUUGCUUCCUCCUCCCUUGCCACCUAUGAAGUUUUGGUAAUGUCUAGAUAAUAUGAUCUGGGUUUAAAUAGAGAUAGCAUAUAGAUUGAGCCAACUUUGACUUUGAAUGUGGUACACGUUUCUUCUUUUCCCCAGAUUUACUUUAUAUACACAGCAAAGACAUGGAUUCAGAAAAGUACCACAAAAGACUGAAGCUCGAAAACCAGACAAAGAAACUGGCUCCAAAACAUACAGAAGCAGUCUGUCUCCUCCAGUAAAGGAAACAGUCUUUUAUACUUCUUCCCCUUCUCUGAAACAUCUUGUGAAGCCGUUCUUUUUUACUAUUGGGUUUACAGGCUGUGCAUUUGGAUCAGCUGCUAUUUGGCAGUAUGAAUACCUAAAAUCCCGAGUCCAGAACUAUUUUGAUGAAGCUCGAGCAGAUUGGUUGGAUAAGUUACGACCUCAGAAACAUGGGGACUUCAGAAAGCAGGUUAACAAGUGGUGGAAUAGCCUGAGUGAGGGUCAGCGGACAGUGACAGGCAUCAUAGCUGCAAAUGUCUUUGUGUUUUGUUUGUGGAAAAUCCCUUCUUUGCAGCGGACAAUGGUUACUUAUUUCACGUCUAAUCCAGCCUCUAAAAACAUUUGCUCUCCUAUGCUGCUGUCUACAUUUAGUCAUUUCUCUUUCUUCCACAUGGCUGCAAAUAUGUAUGUGUUGUGGACAUUUUCUUCAAGUAUAGUGUCUCUUUUGGGACGUGAGCAGUUUGUAGCAGUGUAUCUCUCUGCAGGUGUUAUCUCUUCUUUUGUCAGUUACGUCAGUAAAGUAACUGCUAGAAGAUUUGAACCAUCACUUGGAGCUUCAGGAGCUAUAAUGACUGUUCUUGCUGCAGUAUGUACGAAGAUGCCUGAAGCAAAGCUAGCCAUCAUAUUUCUUCCAAUGUUCACAUUUACUGCAGGAAAUGCCAUAAAAGCCAUUAUUGCAAUGGAUGCUGCAGGGCUUGUUCUGGGUUGGAAAUUUUUUGACCAUGCAGCACAUCUUGGAGGAUCUCUAUUUGGAAUAUGGUAUAUAAUGUAUGGCCAUGAACUCAUAUGGAAGAACAGAGAACCAUUGGUGAAGGCUUGGCACGAAAUGAGGUCUAGAAGCCGGGGAAAAGGAGGUGGAGAAUCUCGCUGAUUCUGAUUUUAGAGCCGGCUUAUGCAGAAGAUUUUGUGCUCCUGAAGACAUGGAAGUGAAUUGCUUUUGGAAUUUUUUUGUAACUCCACAGAAAACCUCUUAGGAUGUGUAGUUUCUAUUGUAAACUACACUUGCAAAUAAAAUGUGGUUCAGUAGAGAAUGAAGUUGAAACAACAACAUUUGUAUAUGAUUGGUUUAUGAAAGUAAAGAUGUGCAUCACAUUUUUUUUAAAAAAUUUGUCAAGAAGAAACAUUUUUGAUUAAGUGGUUGGAAACUAAAACCAGGCACAUUCCAAUAAAAAUUAAGCACAGUUUUUAACGGUGGUGAUUGACCAUUGAUGCAAACUACCAAGGGAAGAGAGAUCACUCUUGAUAUCUUUAAAUGAAGGCUGGGUGCCUCUUAAAAAUAUGCUUUAACCAAAUAAGGUAUUAGACUUAGUAUAGGAAUAAAUGGUUGAAAUGUAAUGACCUGUAAUAUAAAGAAAGCAAGUCAGAACAGAUUUGUGGUGUCCAACACGCUAGCCACAUGUGGCUAUCUGGCUGGUUGAGUAUGGCUAGUUUGCAUCAGAACUGAUUGCACACCAUGGGAGUAGAUGAUCUAAUGGUCCCUUCUGGCCAUUCAUUAUAUGAAUCUAUGAAAAAUACUGGUUUCAUUUAAAUGUUAGUUGUAUAGUAGCAUUGAUGCCUAGCAAAACUACAUUAAAAAUUUUAAGAGUCUGGCUCAUGA